UGAAAACUAUAUGUUGCAGAUCCAAAAGGCAACCGUGCUCGUAAAAGGGAAUUGAACUGCAAAAAGGAACUUCCAACCAUAAGUGAGGUGCAGGCUCGAUUCGGACAACCAUUGUCAUCAAUAUUUUUCGAUUUUCUAGCAGAUGAAGAAAAAGAAGAGAUUGGACUGAUACCCACUCUGCAAGGUCCGGAAUAUUCAUCGCUAUGGGUGUCACCAGAUGACUCAAGCAAUAACAACAUCAAACUCACAAAAUUUGAAGAUACCCGAUUGCAGAAGGCACUUACGCAUCAAAAUAUUAUCAAUAUCGGUGAAACAAUAGAAAAUGAGCAGAAUUUCCAAAAUGAGCGUAAACUGAUGGAAGCCACAGAUUAUGCUGUAAGAGAGACAUUGAAAUAUCUAACAAAACAGAAAGAAGACAAAGAGAAUGCAAAGCAAUGUCUUGAGAACGUCAGUCAUAAAUCGACUUCGUAUGAUAUUGAAAAAGAUUGUGUGGAAGGUGGAUCAGAGCAGACGGAAUUUGAAAUGGAGGGAAAAAUAUUAACAGUUGGUGGGCCACCUGAAGAUAAUAAGGAUAAUGAACAACGUGAAAAUGAAUUGAAUCAAAGUGCAUCGCAAUCUUCUAAUAACGAGAAUGUAACUGAAUUGAAAGAUUACAAAGAAGAACUCGAAAGUCAAAUGCAACAAGCACUUAUAGAAAGAGAAAACUAUGUUAAAAAGAAAAUGAAUUUUCAAAUGCUUUGGGAAUCAGAAAAGCAAUACGAAUCAUACAAAACCAAAAUAAAAGAAGCACACGAAAAGUGGAUAAGUUUGUAUAAUAAGGCUAAGCUUUCUUUCGAGAAAGAGUUGAAAAGAAUGCAAUUUGAAAUGGAAGCAAGACAUUUAUCUGAUUUGAUAAGAAUCCAUAAAAAGAAAAUGUUGGAACUGAGAACGCUCAAAGAAAUUAUGGAACGACACUUCUAUGGAAUGGUAGACAGGCAGCAAAUUGAGAUACAAAGAAGAGAGACGAUAAUCAAGGAGUUAAUGCAACUCAUUGAUGCUAGAGAGGAAAAGUUGAAGAACUGGGAGCUAAAAAUCACAGAUAUUAUGAGGGAAUUUCAAAAUUUGAUGAAAUUUAUGCUAGUGGAAGCUCCAAAUCAAACUGAGGUUUUAGUCGAUUUUGAACAAAUUUUAGAAGAAUCGUUACGAGUACCGCAAGCUAUACCUAUUGAUAAAUAUGUUCCAUCGAUCGAAAAUGGAAGACCAGAUGGGCUGACAUUGGAGGGAAUCGACCAAUUCUUGAAAGAAUGUGACGCUUCUAUAGGCAAAGUAUACUCGACAUCGGUGGAAGUCAUCAGGCAAAGUAAUGACUUUGACAUUCAAUUUGCUAGGAUUUGUACCGAAAUACAAUUUGAAGAAAUUAUAUUGAAUCAGAGUUUUACAAAUGACAAAGAUGAAUUGACAUUGCAACAAGAUUUUAAGCCAGAGACUAAAAAUUCCAGAUUGAGCACAAUUCUUGAAAUCUUAAAACGAUACCCGAGUUUACAAAGGAUAGUUAUUUCUACAAACAUUACUAACAAAUAAAAUAAUACAAAAAUGAGAUAUGAAAGUUCUUAUUGGAUAACUAUUAAGAAAAAGCUGGAAAAUUUUCGUCCGAUAAUUGUUGAGAUCCAAGUGAAAUAAAAAUGUUUCAAUGCAAUCCCGCACAUGAUUUUUUUUAAGUUAUCAUCAAGAAAAUAUCUUUUUUCAAUUUUCAGUUACGAAUAAACAGUAAUACUAAUCAAAUAAUAUAAAAAUAAGAAAUACUUCCUAUAAUGAAAUAUAAACAACACUUCUAUGAAAUGAAAUGCUACCCAACUUUCUUUAUUAAUGCUAGCAUAUUGAAUCAUUCAAAUCUUAAAGCGAUAGUAGUUUUUUUAACUAUGAAAAACACAGUACCGGUAAUUAUUAUAAGAUGUGAUAAAGUUAAAGAGGUAGCAGAGUUAGAAUUCGCAUAAGAUUUUUACAAAAAUAUACU